GACGCCGAUUUUGACGCCGAUUUCGCCCACGCCGGUUCCAAUGGUUCGGCGUCAAACCGGCGUGGGCGAAAAAUCGGCGCUCCGGUGGUGACGCCGACCAUUGGAGAUGCUCUAACAAAAUUUUCAGCCAAUCCUCUCUUAAAAUCGUUUGUGUUUAUCUCCGACGGGGCAUUUCAGCCAAUCGCCGCGCCCCGUUCAAGUUUCGUAAUAAAUUCCAUGAUAUCGCAGUUACUCGCGAGGAUGCCAUGGCUCCUCGUUGCCGUCGUGAUCUUGCGCAGCGUGGUUGUCGCGCAAGACUAUCUGCCUCCGGAGGGGCCGCCUCCGCCACCCCUGGAGAUCGAGAAGUGCAACGGGAUCUUCCUGUCGUACACGUUCGAGGGGCGGGAGAAGGAGUACCCGCUCGUGAAGAACAUGACCGCGCAGGCGUGGGCGUUCAAGGCAACGGCCACGAUCCUCAAUGCCGGCACGCAGGAGCUCAAGUCGUGGAAGAUGUUUGUGGGGUUCCAAUACGACGAGCUCCUGGUGUCCGCGGAAGGGGCCAUAGUCGUCAGCGGUGAGGGGUUCCCUGUCCGCGUGGGGAAGAACGGGACCGUGCUGGCCGGGUACCCCCAAGCGGACCUCAAGACCGCCAUCGAGACGGCCUCGGAUUACGAGCAGAUGCAAGUGCACGUUGGGCUAAAGGGCACGCAGUUUGGGGUGGUGGACAAAGCCACCCCGAUGCCCAAGUCGUUGAAGCUUAUUAAUGAAGGCUACAAAUGCCCCCCGGCAACCCGAAAGGGGCCCUACAUGCACGUCUGCUGUAGAAAAGAUCCUAAAUUCAAAGAAAAGAAAAAAACGAAAUACACAGCACGCACCUACGACGACCUCCACUUCACUUACGAUGUCCUCAAAGCUUACGAGAACAAGUAUUUGGCUCAGGUGACCAUCGACAACCUCCACCCCCUCGGCCGCCUCGACCAGUGGAACCUCACUUGGGAAUGGAUGCGCAACGAGUUCAUCUACGACAUGCGUGGCGCCUUCACCCACCGCAAAGACCCCUCCGACUGCAUCUACGGCCCGCAAGGCCAAUACUACAAAGACUUUGAUUUCUCCACCGUCAUGAACUGCCAGAAAAGACCCCUCAUCUCCGACCUCCCACCGCAGCUCGACAACGAUGAUAAGGUUGGAAAACUCCCCUACUGCUGUAAGGACGGCCUCCUCCUCCCCAUCACCAUGAACCAGACCAAAGCCAGAGCCAUUUUCCAAAUGGAGGUUUUCAAACUCCCCCCCGAUUUGAACCGGACCGCGAUCAACCCGCCUCAGAACUGGAAGAUCACGGGCCGCUUGAACCCUAAUUACAAAUGUGGACCGCCUGUCCGGGUCGACCCGUCCGAGUUCCCCGACCCGCGGGGGAUCGACGCCACGGAGUCCGCCAUCGCCAGCUGGCAGGUCAACUGCAACAUGAGCCGCCCCAAGCCCAAGCAAAACCGGUGCUGCGUCUCCUACUCGGCUUUCUACGCAGACGGGGCCGUCCCGUGCAACACGUGCGCCUGCGGCUGCGAGGACGAGCCUCCGCGCUGCGACCGGAACGCAGCGGCGCUGCAUAUCCCUCCGAGCGCCCUGCUGGUCCCCUUUGCGAACCGGAGCAAGAAGGCGGCGGCGUUCGCCAGGAUCAACCAUCAAAAGCUUCCGCGGAAGCUGCCCUGCCCGGACAACUGCGGUGUGAGCAUCAACUGGCACGUGGACUCCGACUUCAAGACCGGGUGGACGGCGAGGAUGACCUUGUUUAACUGGGAGGAGGACGCGUUCGUGGACUGGUACUCGGCCUUGGUGAUGAAGCGAGCGUUCCCCGGGUUCGAGAAAUCGUACUCGUUCAACGGGAGCGUGUUGGAUGGCAUGAACAACACCAUCUUCAUGCAAGGCUUACCAGGGCUAAAUUACCUUGUUGGGGAGGUGAACGGGACCCGACCCGGCAAGGAUCCGCCCGUGCCGGGGAAGCAGCAGUCGGUGCUAUCGUUCUCAAAGAAGCAUAUUCAUGGGUUGAAGAUUGCGCGUGGGGACGGCUUCCCUACCAAGCUGUAUUUCAAUGGGGAGGAGUGCGCGCUUCCCAAGGUGUUGCCCAAGGCUGCUGCACCCGCGCCGCCCGUGGUGCUCACUUGCUCGCUCUUGCUUGCCAUUCUUACUUUACUUGUGCUUUUUUUUAACUGACUACAAUGUAGUUUUCCUUUAGUUUAUUGCAACUACACCAACUUUUUUUUCACACAAAUGAAAUCAGACCUCUUUUAUGUUAUGAAACAUGUAUUUAUGUUCUGCAGCUGACAAUAGAACAGAGAGAGUGAAGACACUUAUGUGAUUUAGUUAGGGUCAAUAACUUGUCUGAAAUUUCAUGGCUUCAAAGAAAACUUCAGAUACCGUGAGCAACUGCGAAAAUCUUUAGAUAAAUGAGAUGAGAUGAGAUGAGAUGAGAUGAGAUGAUAAUAGUUAAUUACAGUCUGCUAGAAACAAGCUAAAGGUAAUUUUGGGACGAUUUUUGUAAAUUAAUGCAGCCAAUUAAGAUUAAAAAAAAAACAACCCCUGUUUUAAU